GGAAUGGUAACAUCGCCAAGUCAAGUGAUCUGAUCUGAAGCUGAGCUGCAUUGUAAAUAGAAAACAGUGGUCCACCGGGGCAAUGCCUCCUUCGUAGUCUUUUUCAAAACAAUCUAAUAAGGCCACUUAUUUCCUCUCGGGGACUCUUUAUCACCCAAAUAAGGGUUUCCUUACUGGUCGGCGUCCUUUGGUGGCUUCUAAGUGUUGAUGAGCAGCAUGUACCGGUCUCUGUACGCCUUCCGAUCGGCGGAGCCCAACUCGCUUCACUUCGCAGCCGGAGAAAGCUUCCUAAUCCUCGAGAGAAGCAACAAACACUGGUGGCUGGGCUCCCGGUGCAGCUCGGGGGAGACCGGCUACAUCCCCUCGUCGUACAUCGAAAAGAUCAAGGCUCCAGAGCAGGAUGAAGUGUUGCAGUCCAUUGACCGAGCCAUUGAAGGCAUCCACAAUGUUGCCUUGAAGAAUGCUGGCAAAUAUAAUCUGGAACAGCGGGAUGUCCUCCAAAAGUUGAUCCAUCACAGAAAGGAGACGCUCGCACGACGAAGCAUUUCAGGAAACUCGCAAGGCCUCCCGUCUUCCAACAGUGAAAUAUCUCUCAGCCAAACUCCUACUUUGCCCAAUGGCCUUAACCGAGACCACACACGACAGGGAGGCGUCCCUCUAUCAGGAAGUAUGGACAGCAUGCAUGGAGAGCCAGGCUUCUAUCAGGUGCCCCCGCAGCCUCGACGCGCGGCUCCGAUCACGCCGCCCCCACCUGAGAAACAACGCAAUAGCCGGCGUCCAGAGCCAGACAUCCCCUCUAGACUGUCUUCUCUGCCUCCGUCCCCCGUCCCGUCCCUCACAAUCAGCAGCACUUCUUUGGAGUCUGCGGCGUCCUCUGACGUCAGCCUGCCAAGUGUUUCAAGCACCCCGCCUCCCCCAGUCCCGUCCCGCGUCAAGCCGGCCGCACCUCCUGCAGACUCCCCGGCUCAGUCGGCCCCGGCCAAGAAGAGCCCCGCUCCACAGCCCCCGCAGUCCACCGAGCACCCCGCUGCCGAAGAGGAACAGGUAGAGAGCGAAUGGCCAGUGGCCCCGCCGUCUGUUGCCGAAAGCCCCCCCGGGAGCCCCGCUCCCUCAGAGCCGGUUCCUCCGACCAUCGGGGCCGAACUGAUCGAGAUGGUGCGGAAGAACACGGGCUUGAGUUACGAGCUGUCGCGGGUCGCUGUCGGGGUCGUGGUGGGCCACCUGCAGACCACUCUGCCUCACUCCUCCUCCGCCCUGGAGCGAGUUCUCCUCUCGCUGGUGGAGAGCAAGGACCUGGGUGCCGCGCUACCUCGUGGUCAGGUGUGUCACGAUGAACAGCGACUCGAAGUCAUCUUUGGCGACCUCGCCCGCCACAGGGAUGACUCCCAGCAACGAAGCUGGGCGCUUCACGAAGACCACGCCCUCAUUGCGUGCUAUCUGGAGGAGCUUCUCAAAAUACUGACUGAUGCGGAUCCAGAGGUGUGUAAGAGGAUGUGCAAGGCCAGCGACUAUGAGAAUGUUCUCUCUCUCGUUUCCUACUAUCAGAUGGAGCUUCGCGUGUCUUUGAGGCUGCUGUUGCUCAAAGUAUUUGGAGCCAUGUGCAGUCUAGAUGCGUCGCUCAUCUCCACCCUCCUCAACUCCAUCCUCCCUAUGGAGCUUGCCAGGGACUUACAAACCGACACUCAAGAGCACCAGAAAAUGUGUUACACAGCUUUGGUACUUACUAUGAUUUUCUCAAUGGGAGAACAGGUGCCAUAUCAUCACUAUGAACACUUGAACCGUGACUUUGUUCAAUUCCUGCUGGACGUGGUGGAGGACGGACAUCCCUCUGACCCCACAGAGCAGCUGCCUGACCUUUUCCUCAACCUGUUGCUGGCCUUCAACCUGCACCACACAGCGCCGAGCCACAACGUGAUCAUGCAGCAGCUGAAGAAAAAGAACGUCAAGAUUCUAUCCGAAAAAGUGUUGCUGCUCCUUAACAGAGGAGACGACCCUGUGUGUAUGUUCAAGCACAUGCCGCCCGCGCCUCACGCCGUGCUUAAGUUUCUGCAGGACGUCUUCGCCGACCGAGAGACUGCCGACAUCUUUUAUCGCACUGACAUGAUGGUGAUGAUUGACAUAGCGGUGCGGCAGAUCUCCGACCUUUCACCUGGAGACAAGCUCCGUAUGGAAUACCUGUCCCUCAUGCACUCCAUUAUGCGCUCAACGGAUUACCUGGAGCACCAGCACCGACUCUCUGACCUGCAGGGAGCGCUGCAGAGGAUUCUCAGGGAGGAAGAGGACCCGGGAGAGGAUGAAGGGAGCGCUACGGCCAAACAGAUGGAUAAGCUAAUUGUGCAGCAGAUCUACAAGGAGUUCCCGCAAAUCAAUACUAAGUCACCUUAGCAGUAUCGCCAGGGUAAAAAAAUCUCACUUUAGGUCCUACCACUUCAAUGCCGCAAAUGUAAACUACGAUUUUUCUCGGGCUCCUGUCAGUGUCGUGCAUACAUAACACACUGUAGUGUGCUGCAGUCAGGAAAACUUGACGCCCUGAAUGCUGAGAUACAUAAUCACUAAUAUGCCAGUGUUUCCUUGGACUUUCUGUCCACUGCUGCAGCAUGCAUGGGAUGUGGUAGAAUCACUUAUUUUUGUUUGCGAAUGGUGUGUUUUAACGAUCGAAUGAGAAAAAAACAUGAGAAAUGCGCCAAAACAGCUAAGCUUUAGCUUGAGAUCAUCAAUAAUUGGCCAAAAUAUUGUUUGAGUUGUAAGCAAUAAUGAGCCUUAGAAAAUGUGUCGAUUUUCUUCAAUUAAAGUAACAGAUAACAUGUAUAAACUAUUUUCUAAACAAAUUGCACUUGACCAAUUGAAACAUGUAAAGACUGUGCUUCCCAUCGGUUUGAGCAAACAGAUGCAUUUAACUCAGAGUGGUAUUUUCCUAACACAAAAUAGAGUAUAUUCUAUUAAAACUGACUUACUCCACCCAACCCCUAAAGUGCUUGAUUGCUUAUUCAAAUUUAGGCAGAAACACAAAUCAUGUGGAACAAGAUGAACAGGUUAACUGGUAUGACACUUGUUAUGAGCUUUUAAGCAGACUAAGUUGACUUACAGUAUAUUCUCCAUAAGCUCCAAGGUCAGUGGCGCUGCAUCUUAAUCAUUUAACUGAGCUUUUGAAUCCACAGUGCUACGUUUCACCUGCGAUCCAGUUUUGUAGCUUUGGCUGAUGUUCUGCAGUUAUUGUCUUGAGAAAAUACUACAGCUUCCUAUUACGCAAACACUUCAAAUUCAUCGUAUAUAAUAAUUUAACAGAAGCGUCCUUGAGUUAUUUACAUUGUGUUGUUAUCGGUGGUGUUGUCUAAGUUUACAAGUUAAUAUAUCUGGUGUUUUUUGUUUUUGAACUUUGGUGUUUUUCUGUGACAUAAUUUCUUUGUCUGGAAACAUAUCUUUUAAUACAUUGGGCAUAAAUGUCUAAUACGUCUUGCAUUCUGUUCAAAUAUACGUUUAUCAGUUCUGUUUUCGUUCUGACAGCCAGUAUGACAGAGAUGAACGUCUCCCCUUCCUUAUCGAAAAUAAUAUGCUAAAAGAAACUAAUAAAGUUAUUUUUAAAAGCAGAAGUUGUACGGUUUAUGAUUUGAUAAUGUACAUCUACCGUAAUUUUCGCACUAUAAGGUGCACCUGACUAUAAGCCGC